CUGCCCGGACGGCCAGGUAAACCCGGUCUAGAUGGUCUGCCGGGAAUGCCAGGAUUGGAUGGCAGUCCAGGUUACCGCGGUGAGAAAGGUCUUCUAGGUAUCGAUGGAAAACGAGGACGAGAUGGAUUGAUGGGCGCUCCUGGCGCACAAGGCCCUCCAGGUGAAGGCUAUCCUGGGCUGCCAGGCAUCCCUGGGGCCAAAGGUGAAUCAGGUGAAGUUGGUCUACCUGGACUCCCUGGCGCAAUGGGACCACCUGGUCCGGCGGCCCCUCAAGAGUUUUAUCAAGGACUGCCAGGAAAGGAUGGUGAACCCGGCUUACCUGGGCUACCCGGAGAGCGAGGAGUCGAUGGCUUACCCGGCCUACCCGGGCAGCCAGGUCCUCAAGGAUAUCCAGGUCUCCCAGGAGAGCGAGGAGCAGACGGAUUGCCUGGUUUCCCAGGCCUCCAAGGAGAGCCGGGAAUGAGAGGAAUACAGGGAGAUGCUGGUUUGAACGGCCUUGAAGGCGAAUGCGGUGAGCCUGGUGUUCCUGGUCUCCCUGGCAUUCCUGGACUAGAUGGGCAAAAGGGAGAACCAGGAUACGGUUAUCAAGGACAGGCCGGCUUCCCAGGACCCAAAGGAGAGCAAGGUGAUAUGGGCCCACCCGGUCAGCCAGGGUUACAAGGACUUCCAGGACUACCUGGACCACCUGGCUAUCCAGGUGAACCUGGCGCACCUGGCUUGGAUGGACCACCAGGACCACCAGGUUAUAAAGGAGAGAAAGGAUUACCUGGACUCGACGGCAAACGCGGACGACCAGGUCCACAAGGACCACCCGGGCUUCCUGGAAUUCCCGGGCUCAAAGGNCAACCAGGAAACCCCGGUUAUCCAGGAGCACCCGGACGAAAAGGCAUUCCUGGCGAUAUGGGUCCGCCAGGAUACCCAGGAGCACCAGGACCUAGAGGUCCUGAUGGACUACCAGGAGAAGAUGGACUCAUUGGAUUUCCUGGAUUACAAGGAAUGCCGGGUGAUAACGGUCUGCCAGGAGAAGAAGGUGAAUGCGGAGAAGACGGAGAUAGAGGACUCGACGGCCUUCCUGGAGCACCCGGAAUGCCUGGAGAAGAUGGUUUCCCCGGAAGACCAGGUUUGGAUGGGCUCCCCGGUUUGAAAGGAGAAAUGGGUGACGCAGGCCUGCCUGGCGCUCGAGGAAUGCCAGGAGAGCCCGGAUAUCUCGCUCAUCCAGGAUUACCAGGAGAUGUCGGCUAUCCAGGACCAAUAGGACCUCCUGGCCUUCCUGGCCCCGAUGGAAUACCUGGCCUGAAGGGCGAAAUGGGUGAACCUGGAGACAGCUACCCUGGCCUACCAGGAUUACCAGGAGAGCAAGGAGAACCAGGUUUCGAUGGAAUGGAUGGACCACCUGGACCACCUGGUCUUCCUGGAUUGACCGGAAUACCUGGCGUGAAAGGUGAACGCGGAGAGCCGGGAUAUCCCGGAGCCCCUGGUCCGGAUGGACUUCCUGGAGUACCUGGUUUGGAAGGCGAGUGUGGAGACGACGGAUACCCAGGGCCACCUGGUCCUCCUGGACCCCCGGGCUUUCCAGGACCUCCAGGAGAAAAAGGUUAUCCUGGUCUUCCCGGAGAAAGUGGCUUACCUGGACUUCCCGGAGUACCGGGAGUGCCUGGGCUGAAAGGAGAACAAGGAGAACCGGGACUCCCGGGAUACGAUGGUCCGCCCGGCGAGAAAGGACAACCGGGUGACAUGGGCAUUCCUGGAGCACCUGGCCCAGAAGGAGAUACCGGAUUCCCUGGACGCGAUGGACUACCAGGUCCUAAAGGCGAGCGCGGAGAACCAGGUCUACCUGGAUAUCCAGGAAAAGAUGGCAUGCCUGGCUUGCGAGGACCACCCGGAGAUGAGGGAUAUCCUGGACCACCUGGAGUUGACGGCUAUGGACUGCCAGGCGCACCUGGAGAGCCCGGUUUUCCAGGCCCAGACGGCCUGCCUGGUGUUCCAGGGCUACCUGGAGAAAGAGGAAGUGACGGAUUCCCUGGUAUCCCUGGACUUCCUGGUCCUCGUGGAGAACCAGGAAUACCCGGUGUCAAAGGAGAAAUGGGUCUUCCCGGAAUCGAUGGCAAACGAGGACAUGAUGGAGCACCAGGACUGCCGGGAACGGCUGGUCUCGACGGCAUACCUGGUGCACCUGGCGACUGCGGUGAUGACGGCUUGCCUGGGGCACCUGGACAUCCUGGGACUCCAGGCUAUCCAGGAGAAAGAGGAGUACCAGGUAGAGCACCUGGAUAUCCGGGACUAAAAGGCGAUGACGGCUUCCCAGGUUUACCUGGAAUCCCUGGUAUCAAAGGAGAACGUGGAAUGGAUGGAUUACCGGGACUUCCUGGUAUUGAUGGUCGUCCUGGACGUGAAGGCCCUCCUGGGAUACCUGGAGCAGAGGGCCUCAGACUGACGAGUCCACCAGGAGCACCUGGAGAACCAGGCUGGCCAGGAGAAAAAGGAUAUCCUGGGUUGCCAGGCGAUAACGGACAACGGGGACCUCCAGGAAAGGCUGGAUAUCCCGGAGCACCAGGAGAGGCAGGGUUGCCAGGACUUCCGGGUAUUCCAGGCCCGAAAGGCGAAGCUGGAGUCCCUGGAAUCGUUGGAAACCCUGGACGUGUUGGUCAGCCAGGUUUCCCGGGUCCGCCGGGACUGCCGGGUGGACCGGGCCCAUGGGCACCUUCUCGAGGUUUCACCUUUGCGAAGCAUUCACAAACGACACAGAUUCCCACAUGUCCGAACGGAGCCACACCUUUAUGGACCGGUCAACCAGGAUCAUGCCUUUCCAAAUUCAACACGAUGCCUUUCAUGUUCUGCAAUCUUAACAGUGUCUGCCAUCUCUCGAGCAGGAACGACUAUUCGUUCUGGUUGAGUACUGAAGAGCCGAUGACACCCAUGAUGAAUCCGGUUUCUGGCACGGCUAUUCGUCCAUAUAUCUCUCGCUGUGCAGUAUGUGAAGUUCCCACACAGAUCAUCGCUGUCCAUUCCCAAGAUACUGCUGUACCCAUGUGCCCUGCAGGAUGGAGAGGACUAUGGAGUGGUUACUCGUUCGUCAUGCACACGGCAGCUGGUGCUGAAGGAACCGGGCAGUCUCUUCAGUCACCUGGUUCUUGUUUGGAGGAAUUCCGAGCUGUUCCCUUCAUUGAAUGCCACGGUCGAGGCACAUGUAAUCAUUAUGCCACUAACCACGGUUUCUGGCUUGCUAUUGUCGACAGAGACAAACAGUUCCGCAAGCCCAUGUCACAAACGCUUAAAGCGGGCGGAUUGAAGGAUCGCGUAUCGCGCUGCCAAGUUUGUUUGAAGAAUCGAUAA